AUAAGGUCAAAUAUAGAUAGUAUAUAAGACUAUGACAAUCUCAAACGUAUUCAACGUGUGUUAGAUCUCAUCAUGAAGCUGUUACUCCUCUGUUUGGCCGUGGCUUAUGUCGCUGGUCAGGUCCCAUUACCAUGUGUUUCACCUCGACAGUUUGAAGGUCGAUUUAUGAGGUUCGACAGGGAAAGACAACUUCAGGAGUAUGCCAAAAUCAGUUAUGAUGAAGAUCAGAGACGAGUUCGAGAAAUCGAGGAGAGAGAAGAAGGAUCAGAAAGAGAAUACUUUGAUAAACUUUACCUCCAUAAUAUCGGUCUUGAAUAUCGUUUUAAUCUGAAAACACGUCAAUGUAACGCCACAGCUAUUUCUCGUUCCUUUACUCCAUUCGGUGUUCCAAAUGGUGCCAACUUUUCAGGAAUCGGUGUGUUGGGUGUUUCUGGAAUACCUAAUGAACACGUUAACGUCGAAUUCUUCGAAGGAAGAUAUGAAAACAAUCCUUACUUCAUUGCUGUAACACAACCAGGAUGCUUCCCUGUUCAGUUCGGUUAUUACAGUGAACAAACUGGUUACGAUCAUAGAACUUUUAUUGAUGUUACUCUUGGUGUACCAGAUCCUAACGUUUUCAUCCCACCAAAGGAAUGUAUAGGAUAGAAAAGCUGUAUUAACUAGAAUAAAAAUAAUACAUUAAUUAAACUAUCUGUUAUAUUUCG